GACCGUUUCUCUUCCCCGUUCCCGGCCCUCCUCCCCCCCACUUUCUAAUCUUCUCGUCGUCACGUGAGCGAGGAGCGGUUCCAGCGCCUGUGGUGUCUUUCGGUAGAGGCGGGUUUUGAGGGGGCCGGAGUCACCCCCCCCAACCGCCUCUCCCCCCCCCCCGCCUCUCUCUCUCGGCUCUUCAGCAGCAGCUGCUCCUCCCUCACCAUGAUUAAAGCCAUCCUGAUAUUCAACAACCACGGCAAGCCGCGGCUCUCCAAGUUCUACCAGCGCUAUGUGAGUGGGGGCGAGGCGAGGUCGCCGGGAAGGGGCGGGCGGGCGAGCGGGCCGGACUCGGUGGCGUGGCUGUGUGGCGGGGGAGCUCCUUGCGAAUGGGGUGGGGCGCCGUCGGUUCCCUUGGCGCCGCGAGGCAGCUGCCCUCUUCCCUCAGGAGGCGCCCUUCGCCCAGGCGGCUCCAGCCCAGAGAGACAAAUAUUCCUCUCUUCCCCUAUGGCUUACUUUCAGGGAAAGCACUCUGCACAUGUUCUCUGUGUCGGAUUUACGUAUAAGCUAAUCAAGCUAUAGCUUAGGGCUCCACUCUCUUGGCCCCCCCCCAAAAAAAAAUAAAGGAAAAAAACUGGAUGUAUAUAAGAUAAAAAAACAAAUAAAACCUACAUACAGCAACAGUGUUUUGUGUUGUGUAGGCUCCUGUGGUGUAAGUAAUGGGCUCCACCUGCUAGCCUGCUCCCUAAAAUAUCACUGGUUUGCUCAUUUCUAUAUCAAUUACUUUGAUAAAAUACGUAUUUUGUUAUGUGCGGCUUUAGAUACCUAUUAGGUCCAUAAAUUACCAUAUAGCAUAUAUUCAACACAAAAAACAGCGACAAUUUGUUGUUGACAAAGGAGAGCUGGACAUAUAAAGGGCCCCAUUACCUUCAGUAGCUGAGGGCCUCAUCAAACCUAAAUCUGGCCCUGGUUCUCUCACUCCCUUCUUGGCAUUUCUUCUCUCCGCCCCCCCCCCCCGGUGUUGGCACUGGCCCUUUCAAGCCGUGCUGCCGACUUGAAUAAGAUAAUGGCAAAACAGACAUUGCCAUCACCAGAGUUACAACUACCCACCAUGAACAACCCAACCAGUGGUUUCAUAUAGAUAUUAGAUGACACUGGGGACAGUGUUGUCCCUAAAAUGGCCUCCACCUAUGCUUUUCAGUUCUGCAUAUCAAGACUAGUCUUAGUCCAUGUAAGGGGAACAGCAAGCAGCUCCAUCCACCUUGUAGCCAUACUGCAGGACUGAAGGCAAGGAAUGUUUCAAAAAUGUUGCCCAUGGAUGUGCAGGCACUCCAGAGGCCAAACACAAGUCCUUUGUAUUGCUCUGCUUUUCUUUGGACCACAUCAGCGAGGCCGAGAGAGGGGAGUCUUGUUAUACGGGUGACCCAGAACCUCCAUACACACUGCCCAGGCUUGUGCCCCUGGGAGAUCACUUCAAUGCUGCUACCCAGUGGUUUGACGUUGCCCCCGGAGGCAAACUCCAUUGUCUCUUGAGACAGGCAGAUGCCAACUACAGCAGCAACAACAAUGGGAUAUUGAAUAGUAAUGGUGAAGAAAGAUAAAUGUUGGUGGCACAGGGGGUUGCUUUGCUGUAUUUCAGCACAUUGGGCUGAGUGGGAUGGGUAGGAGGAUGGCAGCUCUAACGGUAUUUUAGUGGGUAAGAUGAGAAGCAGGUGAUUAUUGUUUGAUGCAGAAGAGUUCUUAUGUUGCCUGUUAGCUGAUGCUUCCUUCUAAUUAGUGACAUGCGAUACUCAGCCAGGCUUUGGGGUUAUGGUUGGUAUUGAUCCUGAACCGUUAGGAAUUCCAGGUUUGUAGUGUUUGGCACUAUUAAAUACACACAGAGAGAAAAGGUACUAAAAACUGGAUGUUUGUUAGCAGGACAGAAAUGUGUAGGGUAUGUCACUUUUAAAGAUUGCUUUCCGUAUGACAAGAGGAAACAUGGUGCUACCAUUUCCAAUCAGAAAAUUUUGAGUAUCCUUAAGUCUAUUUUGUACUUGUGGUCAUUCUGUUUUUGCUGUGUUUGCACAUUGAAACUCAUGUACAUUUGCUAUUCAUGAUGGUGUAUUUGCCCAGGUUUUUUUUAAUACAAAGAAGUGUACUUGUAGAAAAGUUGUUACAUGUCAACCCAAAGUGACUCUGAGUUGGUUCCUUUACUUGGUGAUUGUCAGAGGGGAGAAGGAUAGGAUGAGAACUAUGCUGUAUAAAAAUUGCAGAGCCACCAUCCUUAGUAACUCUGAAAGUUCUUAUUUUUUUUAGUCACUUUUAAAUACUGCAAAAAGGUAUGUAUUUGCAUAAGCAAAGCUCGUUUCUUGUGUUGUGCUAAUAUAGAAAUAUUGUAAUGUGGUAGAGUUACAGAACAGCUUAGGUGAAGUAAGUGCAAAAAACUUGCCAAGAAGGAUUUUUAAAUGUACCUUGUGAAAGUUUAAGGGGCUAGGUACAAAUCUGAUGUUUGUGUCUGUCUUUGUGCACAGCAUCUUGCUUGACAUGAUGAUUUGACUAUGCUUCAGAGGAUGAAUCUCUGUUUAGGUAGUCACUCAGCUUUGAGAGUUAAACUAGAGGGAUAGCUGUGGUAGCGUUUUGCAGUGACAACAAUCUUAAGAGUUUUGUGGCACCUUACACAGACAAAUUUAUUGAAAGUUGAUAUAAUAAAUUAGUCAGUUCAUAAGGUGCCACAAAACUCUGAUAAUGAAUUAGAAAUGGAAAAAAUGUGGCUGUGCAAAAUAUACUAGUUUUAAUGUAGUGAUUUACUGGAAUUGGAUCAAUUUGUGUGUAAUAAAUAAUUUAGUUUAAAUGCUACUCUUGCCCCAAAGCAAAAUCGGAGAUGCUAGUUGAAUUUUCCCCCUGAAGAAAUCAGUUUCAGCAUUUCUGUAUUACCCAUUCAGAAUAAUAACUUCUUUUCUCUUGCACUAGGAGGGAGAUAUGUCUGUAUGUUGAUAUUUUGUUUAUUUCUGAAACAAAGUGCGGUAUGGAACAGUACCAAGGGUGUGUUUGUGUGUGUGUGUGUGUGUGUGUGUACAUUAUAUAUCCCUCCUAAAAUGUUGCACCAAAAUUGUUACUUAGAGAACAUAGUACUGGAUAGGGAUGGAUCAGUGCUUAUGUUAUCCAACUGUAUUUAGAAAUAUAGAUUGUUUUACUACCCUAGUCUCUUUUCCUCCCCAGAGUGAAGAUACACAGCAACAAAUUAUCAGAGAAACAUUUCAUUUAGUCUCAAAACGUGAUGAAAAUGUCUGUAAUUUCCUAGAAGGUGGCUUGUAAGUAUCCUGAAUUGUAUUCAGUUGUUAAAAUGAAAUAUGAAGGUGGUGAAAAGUGUCCCACUUUGAAGACUUGGCAUAUCAACGUUAUUUUGAUUUUGUACAAGUCCAACAUCAAAACCCAUGACAUUUCCUGUAAAAUGUUUAGGCUUAGAAGACAAUGUGCAUAUUCUGCUGUGAUGCCUGAUGGUGGCCGGAUUUGUCACUGGUGUCAUAGGGUAUGGAGUGUUAGAGGAAGGGUAAUGCCUCUGGUGGGGUACAUGUGCUCCUUCUGGGGCAGUUUCUCCACCUUUGCUCCCCAUCUUGCACUCAGCUCUCACCUGUGAUUCCUAGAAGCUGUCAGCAUGCAACAGCAGCCUCACUCUGGGAGAUGGCUUUGAUUAGCUGGCUAAACCCAGGUGCAGAUCUUCUAGGAUUCAAGGUCCCUUACUAUGUUAGCAAGCACAUGUUGUUGUAUUAGGACCACCACUCUCAGCUUAAUACACUGAGAUAUGAACGAUCCUUUUGUUUGCCUGUCCCUUUGCAUAUACCCAAAGUAAUCCAGUAAGUCUCUACUUAGCUGUAGCUUUCUGUUUUGCCUGAACUGGCAAGCCAUGGCUACCAGCUUUAGAAGAAGGCAUAUGCACAUUCUUAUCUGGCGUUGUUGUUCAUUUGGGUCGUUACCCUUUUCAGUACCAGCGUAGGUCGAUGUUUGUACAUUAUCUGUUAUAUUGUACGUUACAAUGUUUGUACAUUUUAUAUGAUAUAGUCUUUAUUAUGAGGAGUCACUGCCUACUGAUUUAAAUGGUUUUGACUUUAAUGUGUGUUUUAUUUAUUUGACAACAUGUGUGUACUGUUUGAUUGUAAUAAAACCAUCAGAGUGGUUUACCAAAAUACCCAAUACAAUUAUCAGUAAAAGAAAUCAAGAACAAAUAUUCAAAACAUGCACAAAAUAAUUAAACUCAACAGGAAGCUAAAACCAGAUUAAAACACAUGACAUGGAUGCAUGUCUGGGUAGGCUUGCCUAAAGUAAAAUGUUUGUAGCAGGUGUUGAAAAGACUACAGGGAAGAUGCUUGCCCCACGUCAACAGACAGGGAGUUCCAAAGUGUGGGUGUUGCCACACUAAAAUACAGAUUUCUUAUAAGUGCAGAAUGAGGGUUAUGUGGCAUUUGUAACAGCGCUAGUUGUCCAGAUUAAAGUGGCUGAGUGGCCCUACAUGGUGUAAGGCAGGCUUGCAGGUCUCAUAGAAUUGGAAGGGAUCUCAAGGGUCAUCAGCAAUGCAGAACACACACAGUCUCGACAUAGUUCCCUAUCAAAUUUGGGACCAUACUGGGCCCUGGUUAAGCUUUGCAAAGUGCUAGCAGUAUGAUUGCUGCACCACUAGGGGGAGCGGUCCCCAAUUUUACCUUCUAGUUUAAAAAAUGUUGUAGCUGCUAACAAAUGCAAUUUGGAAUGUUGCAGUUAAUUGUUAAUGUUUAUCUUGUUUCGUUUUAGAUUAAUAGGUGGAUCUGACAACAAAUUGAUAUACCGACAUUAUGCCACAUUGUACUUUGUCUUCUGUGUUGAUUCUUCAGAAAGUGAACUUGGCAUUUUAGAUUUAAUACAAGUAAGUAAUUUAUAGAGGAUUUUGUAUGUUUUUGUGCUGUUGUUUUUCUUUAUUUUAUCUACUAAUAAAGAAGUUUAAUCUACAGUGUCCAUCUUUAGAUGUAAGGUAAUGAGAUCCUGAAGUGUUUACUGUAUUCCACUAAAAAUAUUUUGGGUGAACUAUUGUCUAAACUGACCUGUGUAUUUGCUUGCCUGUAAGGCUUGACAUGCCUAUGUAUAAUAAUACGGACAAUAUUUCUCAACACUAAGUAUUAAUACUUAUAUGGGGAGGAAAUUAUGUAACAAUGGCCACACUAUUGUAUGUUUUGCUUCCGGUAUUGGUGCUAGGAAGCUGAUUGUGAGCAAAGUUUCUUACUUUGAACAGAAGCUCACUUGGAUUGGGUGCUCUGGAGAACCACUCAUAGAACAAAAUGUUGCCUGCAUGUAACAACAGCUUGGAAAAUAAAAUAUAUUUCCACUGGAAAUGAGGCACUAGGUUUUCAUGAUAUGCAAAAAUAAUCAUUUCUGAAAGUGUUUCUGUUGCUAUUCAUUUUGUGUACAUAUGUAAUCUGUGGUAAUCAAGUGGCGUGCGUUUUUGUAACUUCUCAAACCUAUUCCUAAGGCAACUGUGUGCAUGCUUGGGAGCAAGACCUACUGAACUUAGUGGAAUGUACUUCUGAAUAAACAUAUAUAGAAUUGUGCUGCAUGCUUAUUCUUUUGAAAUGUGUUAGAUAUAUAAGAAGUCAGCAGUUCAGGAUGUGACUGUUUAACAGGGCUACAUGGGUUUUGAUAAAUGCAAUCUGAGUCAGGACCAUUCUGGUGAUGUGGCUACAGUGGUAGGACAUGGGAAACAAUUACUGUAUUUUUCUCUCUAUAAGACGCACCAGACCACAAGAGGAGGAAAACCAAAAAAAAUAAUAUUCUGAAUCUCAGAAGCCAGAACAGCAAGAGUGAUCACUGCUCAGUGAAAGCAGCAAUCCCUCUUGCUGUUCUGCCUUCUGGGAUAGCUGCGCCGCCUGCAUUCGCUCCAUAAGAUGCACACACAUUUCCCCUUACUUUUUAGGAGGAAAAAGUGAGUCUUAUAGAGCAAAAAAUACGGUAAAUGCUAUAUUGCUCACUAGGUAGUCUUUGCAAGCCUGUUUUCAGCCUGCAGAGCUGUUAUCAGGCUAAAAUACCACUUUUUAUGCUUAAUUUUAAUUAAAGGAGGGGCGCGUUCCAUUUUGUUCCACAAGAGGGUGUCCUACCACAGCAAAACAAAAGGCUAGCUGUAGUGUGACACUCAUUGUCCAAGUUUGAAAUGACUCUGGAAAUUUUGGUUGUAAUACAUACCCAGGGAGGCUUGCCUGGCGCCUUCAUUACAUAUCUUUAGGUGCCAGGCAAAAACAUUCCCAGGUCUUGGACUUACUAAACAAUCUAUGAUCUUUUAAACUGUGUGUUUGGGGCAGGUUGUUAGGGAUUUUUUUUUGUCAUUAUGGUAUGUAUUUUUGUGUUCUUACAUUGUAAACCACCCUGUGAUCUUUGGAUGAAGGUCAGCAUAGAAAUUUAAUAAGAAUAACUAUAACAUAACAAAAGUAGUCAUAAACAAUAAAUAAAACAUUUAAAAAUACAAAACCAAACUGAAUAAUCUUCACAUAAAUCACAACAAAAUCUAAAAUAAAGAUACAAAAAGAACAUCAGCAACCCUGAACAACAACCCUCCCCCCCAAAAAAACCCAGUCUGCUCAUGUUAUGAUGCUAUGUAAGCUUGUACAAACAUGUUUUUAUUAAUUUUAAUAUUUUGUUAGCAAAGAGAAUCCAUUCAGUAAACUUGAGUUCAGAAAUUUGUUCACUUUAUAAAAAUAUUUAUGGGUGUCUCUCAGGAAAAAUCCGUAUAUAGCUGUGCGGGGUAACCUAUUGUGCUUACUUAGAAAGGAAAGUCUGGGACUUUUCAUAUAUGAGAUGCAUUCUAGGAUAAUCCUCAGGAUGGACCUAAUCCAUCAUGCCAUAUAUCCCUGCUCCCAUCAUGCUUCAAAAUGCUUAUAUUUGGUGAGGCUGAAAGUUGGGGGUGAGCUAGGAAAGGACGCAAGGGCAGUGUUGUUGAUGGGCAAAACUAAAACCUUAACCCAUUACUUCCAGGUCUACCCAUUACUUAACCCAUUACUUCCAGGUGUAGCUCCUAAAAAUGGUUCAUGCAGCCUGUCAGUGCAGAUGGUUUAACUGAUAGGAAUAAAGAGUUUAUAGCAAUAGAGAAUGAAGUAAAGUUCCACUGAACUCUAGGGGAUCAUAUGAUCAUUUCUAUUUACCUAGAUUGUUUUAAUUGUAAGGAAUGCAAUCAGUGCUGUUUUUCUAGAAACAGAGGUGCCAGAACUCACUAGAAACACCUCCCUUGUUCUCUUAUAAUAGCAAUGGCACUCACCUGAAAGGUGCCGGAACUGAGUUCUGGCGAGUUCUGGCUGAAAGAAAGCCCUGGUUGUAAUAUACCUUGAAGCCUGGUAACCCCAACUUCCUCUUUUUGGUGCAUAUAUAAUGCAUUUUCCCCCUCACCGCUUUCCCCUUGUACUGAAGGUUUGUAUAUUUUACUAUUAAAACAUUCUGGUAGAAUCUUAAAUGGCAAUAUUUGAAAGCAGGAAGAAAAUCAUUUUGAUAGGUGCCACCCUGGUCCACUAGGAGACAUUUAGUGAUUUCAGGGGGAAAUAUUUUCUACCUAAAAUUGUUCCCUUAUGUUUGGGAGUCCAGUUGAGGCAAAUGUCUAGCUUUAAUGAACUCUGUUGCUCUUUCCCAGAACAUUUUUAUAUGUUUUGGUUGUAUAUAGUCAGUAUAAAUGCUGCUUUUAGUAAUAGCCUUACGUAGUCAUGAAUUAAAUAAAGUAAGUUUCUGUCUCCUUUUAAAUGGAUUAAUCUGCGUGCAUUACUGCGUGUUUGUGGCAGAACAUCAUAGCUCCUAAAUAGAAGCAGUAUGAGGCUGCUGCUUGUAUACUACAAAUGGCUCUAGCUUUAGCAGAUAAUAAAGCAACUGUCUAGAAAUUUUAAUGCGAUGUUCAGGCAAUGCCUGUCUCUUCGGGCAGAUGAGAUUAAAUGUUAAAUUGGUUAGUCCGCUCUCAAAUCUGUUUUGUUGUUGUUGUCAGGUUAAGCAUUUCAGCAUGUCUGUGUAAACUGUGCCACAAAAAUUUGAUAGUAAAGCUUUCAGACCAUAGUAACAGACACAGUGUGAAGUAUUUAAAGUAAUAAAGUGUGAAUUUUGUUUGAAGCGUGCUAUAUUUGGCUAAGGAACAGGAAUGUCAAGCUGUCACAUUAGUGAAGUUUGAUCUUCAAUAAUGUACUUGGGAUCUGCCAAGAGAAUCCGCUGUGUUAACCCCACAUGUUAUACAGAUACAUUAAACUUCCAUAAUUCUUGAUGGUCUUCUGUGUUCUGAUUGCCACAUUUACAGUUUGUCCAUAAUGGAAUGAUGGAGUUGCUAUAAAACUUUGACCCCUUGCAAAUUUUCUCCCCACAGGUAUUCGUAGAAACGCUAGACAAGUGCUUUGAGAAUGUCUGUGAACUGGAUUUAAUUUUCCAUGUGGAUAAGGUAGUGUGGUGAGCUGCUGUAACAUGAAUUCAAAGUAUUCUGUUGACCAGAAAAUCACAUUCUUGUAUCUGUCAGAAUGGUAAACAGUCCCUUUCCUUGUUCAAAUGUCAUUUGAUAUUAGCUAGUCACUUCUUAACUGAAUAAAUAUACCCUGAAAAAUGAAUAGUAAAAUUCACAUGUAUUUUCGAAAACAUAAUUGCAGCAUUGCUUUUGUCAAGUCAAAACUCCUGACCUCCAUUUUACUGAUCUGCUAUCCUACACAUGGUUUCCUUGCCUUGAAUACUGCAGGAUUAACUUCUGAGACUUAACAAUGCAUACAAUUGUGCUAUAAAAAAAAACUGGUGGUAUGCAGAAAACCCCUUGAUUCCCUUGGCAUAUAGUCUUAAUUCAGAAUUGUAAGUUGCUUUUGACGUUUUCCUAUCUGGUAGCUGCAGAAAAGCAUGACUCAGGCUAGUGUAUUGUCCAUGGGAAGAUAAUUUUCCAUGCAGAGAAGAACAUAUUGCUUAGGCAGUAAAAACAAAAAAAUUAUAAGAAAAUUGUGUGGGUUGAAAACUUAAAAGUACUUGCCCCACUCCUCUCCCCCCCCCCCAAGUUGUAGAGCAGCUUGAUGCUUGUUGAGAGAAUGAGGCAGUGGAGGGAAUAAGCUGCUUAAUUCUUCCAUUAGGGAAAGAAACAACAGGCCAGAAGUUUCUGUAAAGAACAUAAAAUUGCUUUAAAUGAUUGUCAAGAUUUCUUCCACAUGAGCAUGACUUGUAUCUGCACUGCCAAGUUUAUAAUAACUUGCAGCGGAAAGGCAGUUGGUUAAAGAUACUAGAAAACAACUUUUCUGAGCGCCUGAACUGAACUUGCUCCCUUGUAUAGGGAAUUUUUCCCCACCCUCCGGCUUCACUGUUUGACACCUCUUAUAGUUCCUCUGAGGCUAUUGUUACUUCUUCCAAGAAAUUAGAUGUGGACUAGAACAGUAAAUGUCUGUUUAUGAAGACUAGCCAGCUCCCCCCACCUUUUUCCUAUGGGAAGUAUUCCUCCUUACUAACAGUUGCUAAUUUGUCUCUACAUCUGGGUUUGAAGGAGGAUGAAAAAAAUUGCCCUUCCAAUUUUUAAGAACAUUUUUUUAAACACUCUUCCACCCUGAAGCCGAAAUGUUUUCAGUGAUGUGAUUUCUGAGCAAUCUAAUAUUUCUUUGCUUCCUAGGCUAAGUCUUAUUCCCCCAUGGCUUAUGCCUUCCCUCUUUUGUUGAUUUCUGCAAAUCUGUUCCUUGCCAAGGUAUUUUGAAAUAGGCAGAAAAACAGCUAUUGGGAUAAAUCAUGUAAACUAAGUGCACUUAUCCUGAUUUGCGCAACUUCAGCGCAUAGAGCCCUCACUGGAAAUCAUUGUCCUGGAAUGUUCUGUGUAACUUAUAUACAGGCAGCUCCCCAUUUAUGCGGGGAUUGAGUCCCGCCCUGCCCCCUUGCGGUGUCGAAAAUGGUGUACGUAUCAAGUGUCACACACGGGCCGCUUGCGUGCAAAUGGGGACUUCCCUAUACUGCAUUUGAAAUGCCAGAGUAGUUGCAUAUGUUGCACAGUUAUGCUUGAAGCAGAUACAAUACCUGAAAUAUUGGUAACUGCAAAAAAUUAUUCAGCUGCAUGCAAUGUAUGUUAGCCUGCAGCCAAAGCACCUGAAGGUUCUUGAUUUUAAUGAUUUAAUUUCAAAUAUUUUUGGACUAUACAAGUGUGAGACUCCGUGUCUCAUUUUACUGGAAAAUUUUCAAUGCGGCAGCUCCCUGAACUGGAGGAUAGUAUUUUAUUUUUUAAAAAAUCAGUUCUACUUUACACUGUGUUACGAGUUAAAAACAUGUGCUGACAGUGUUCUGCAAACGUGGAAGCUUUUAUAGAUGAGGAAGAAAUAUCCAGUAUGGAAAGCUGGUAAACAUAGGCUAUAUAGGCAUCAAUAUGUAAUCUUUAUGCAACACUUGCAAACAAUAUUUAUUUGAAGGGCCUCAUAAAGGAGGUGUGCAGUUUUGUGUUGGAUGAUCUGGCAAUCACACAUUUUCUAUGCGUCUUUAACAUUAAGUCCAUAAUAUUUUAGCUGCAUCUUAUGAGCAACCAGUGUUGCAGCUCUAACUUAAAUGUUUGCUAUGUUACUAAUUUUACAAAGAAGAAAGGAAUUUAAGAGCCUAACCCCCUGCAAUGCAGGAAUCUCAACUAGAUAAUGCAUGACAGAUGGCCAUCCAACCACCAAGGAAGGAGAGUCCACCACCUCUUGUAGGAGUCUGUUCCACUGUCAAACAGCUCUUACUGCCAGAAAGUUCUUCCUGAUGUUGAGUCAGAAUCAGUGGCGUAGCGUGGGGGGUGCAGGGGGGGCCGGCCGCACCGGGCGCAACAUCGGGGGGGGGGGCGCGCUCGCACUCGCAGCUCUCUGCCCCUGCCUGGCUCACUCACUCUCUCUCACUGCAGUGCUGGCUGUGCGAAUCCGAUCCGAGCCGCUGGGUCGCCGCCCACUGUGGAGGGGGUGGAUGCCAGGCGUGCGGUGCGGAGAGAGAGCGAGGGACUAUCUGGGGGAGGGACAGUGCAGCGGCCGCCCAGCGCAGCGCUGAGCGCGGGAGAGAACCACACCAGACCAGCCCAGGCAGCAGCAAGAAGAAGCUGGCAGCGGCGGCAGGUUAGGGGUUAGGGGGCGCAAAUUACUUGCCUUGCCCCGGGUGCUGACAACCCACGCUACGCCGCUGGUCAGAAUCUCCUUUCUUGUAACUUUAAUCCAUUGGUUCGAGUCCUGCCCUCCAGAGCAGGAGAAAACAAGCUUGCUCCACCCUCCAUGUGACAGUCCUUUAAAUGUUUGAAGAUGGCUAUCAUAUCUCCUCUUAGUCUUCUCUUUACUAUGUGAAACAUACUCGGUUACCUCAACUGUUCCUCAUAAAGUUUGGUUUCCAGACCCUUUAUCGUUUUAGUUCCCUUCUCUGCACAUGUUCCAGUUUGUCAAUAUUCUUCUUAUAUUUGUGAAGCUGGUUCUUCCUGCCUAAGUGCAGAACUGUACAUUUGUCUCUGUUGAAAUUCGUUUUGUUAGGUUGGGCCCAGUUCUCCAAUCUAUCAAGGUCAUCUUGAAACCCAAUUCUGUCUUCAGUGUCAAUGGCUACCCCUCCCAGUUUGGUGUCGCCUGCAAAUUUGAUUAGCAUCACCUCAGUUUCUUUCUCCUAAUUGUUUAUAAAGAAUUUGAACAACAACAGCCCAGUACAGAACCCCACGGUAACCCAUUUGCUACUUUUUUCCAGAAUGAUGAGGAACCAUUAGUGAGCACUUUUUGGGUUCGGUCAGACAGUCGGCUACAAAGCUGCCUAAUAGUUUCCUCGUCCAGUCCACAUUUCACCACCUCUCCACAAUAAUAUUUGAUUAAUUUGCUUGCCUUUGUUUCUUUUGUCAUUUUUUUUUUUUUAGGUCCAUAAUAUUUUGGCUGAAAUGGUGAUGGGCGGAAUGGUUUUGGAGACCAAUAUGAAUGAAAUUGUCACCCAAAUUGAUGCUCAAAAUAAAUUGGAAAAGUCUGAGGUAAGAAUGGAAAGAAUUGAAGCCAAUUGGAGCAUGGUCACACAACCUGCAUGAUUUGAAACUGUCAUGUAUUGUUUAGUAUUGCCUUAUACUUAGCUACAUGUACUGUUACAAAGAAGCAUUUAGUAUGUAGCAUGUUGAAGCCUUUGUUGAUUGCUGAAAUAGCUGAACAUCCCCUUUUCCUUCUACUGAACUCCCAUCUGCCAUUGGCAUCUGUGUAUCGAAAGAUUUCUGAGCUUCCUUCAGUCAAGGCUUAAUUUUGUGUUGAUUUUUUAGAACACCCUAUUGAAGGGUGUGUGCAUGUUAAACAGAAAUGAAACCUGUUAAUAAAAUGAGAUGCUAGAGAUUGCUAACCUGCAUCCCGCCAGAUGCAACUGAACUGCAGCUUCCAUGAUCUCUGACCAUGAGCUGGUGCCAGUUCAGUAACAUCUGGAGGGUCACUGUGGCCAAAGCGGCCAAAGAAGCUCGAGCAAGAAACAGAUUAGCAUGGCUAAUCCUAGAUUCUGAAGUGCUAUGUAGUUCCACACUAUAGAACUUGGUGAAUUUGACAUCUAGCGCCACUUCAUCCUAGGAACGAUUUCUUUUCCUUCCCAACAAUGUAAGCCAGUAUGUCUGGAGUUACACAACCAGAGUGUUAAACCAGUGGGCACCUAGAAAUUGAUAUGGUAUCUUGCCUUUCCCACAAAUAAUGAUCUGGGAAUAUAAAAGGCAUAAACAGAAAAAAAAAUCAGGAAUUCUUAUAGUCAAGCUAAAUGACUGCAUUUCAGUCUUUUUUAAUUAUUAUUUUUAAAAAUCAGUUCUGGAGAACAUCGCUUUAAUGCUUUCCCCAUGCUGUUCCUCCCCACUCCCCCACUACUGGAGGAGGAAAGUUGCUUUGAGGGCAAAUCCCUUCCCUUCCAGGGCAAAUAGCUUCAGUCAUGCAUAAAUGUCUCAUCUAGUUUCAAUUCUUAGUCUUUUGUAUAUAAACAGGUAUGGCACACAUUAUUCUUCCUUGUGUUACCUAAAAAUUAAACUCAUUUUGCAACUAGUUUGCUCAUAAAAUUGAGAGGUGAGUUUCCUAACAGUUUGUAUUGACCCUUCACAUAGCUUUUGCAAUUUGGUUGGACAUUUUCCGUCCCUUUGCCCAUCUUACGUACAUUUAACAUGAGCAGUAGAGCAUUGGCUGAGAAGCACAGAAAUUUGGUAGGUCAUGAAGCAGUGCAUGGCACUAUGCUAGUACAAGAAUAUCAGCAAAGAUCCAAUCAGUGAAAACUAGAAUCUGACUUUAAAUUAUCCAGAACUGAGUUUCUACAGAUGGUUCAAGAGAACUUGCCUAAAUAAGUUGUUCAUCCUUUUUUGAAGCACAAUUUAAAACAAAAGCCGAGGUUUAAAUUAUUGAUCUGUAACUUGGACUGUCAAAUAAUUCUCUCGAAGCAGGCCACUUAAGUGAAGUGGACAAGUUUAACCUCAAUUUCCAUUGUUUCAUCUACUCAGCUUCUAUUUUCUGUAUAAAACUUGACAGGUAAAUAAUGGAAAAGUAAUUAGAUCAUAGUGGCUUUAUCUUCACUUAGAACCACUUCUUGUUACAACAAACACCAAUUAAAAGAGUGGAUUAAAAAAGGCAACGUAAUCUCUGGAGGGACUAAUUGGUCCUUUUUAAGCUACCUGGUAUAUUCUUUUGAAGAUCUACUUGUUAACAUAUCAACUCCUACUUCAACUAAUCCAAAAUAUUCGCUUUGAUCCAAAGUGCCCCUUCUGCUUGUGUGUAGGGUGUGUGUGUGUGUGUGUGUGUGUGUGUGUGUGUGUGUCUGAUUCCUCUCAGCUCCAGCACCCCAUGCUAUUCUGGAGUGUCCUCUGACCCUCGGGUGCAUUUUUAGGAAGUGUGAGUUGCAGUGGGAAUAGGCGGAAGGGAAAGCCCUGGCGUGUGCUCAGAGCACUGCAUGUGGCUCUUUGGAUCCAAGUCAUUAGUUCACCUAUUUGUUUAUCUUAAUUGGUGUACAAAGCUCAUUUUCCAAAAGUGAACAGAAUUGGUUCUGGAAGCUGUAGAUUUAAUCUUCCUAGCACAGAACUUGGAAGACAAUCCAAAGCAGUGUCAAGUUUGUUCAGCUUUUAAACAGUUUAGCCUCCACUGCACAGCCCAUUUCCCCCGGAUGGUUUUGUUACAAGUGAAUAAGGCUGUUCCAGAGUAAAUGGGUGCAUUAUUGCCUCGGAAAUCAAUGAUUUUUAAAAACAUGAUAAUGUUUGUCAGCUGAAUUUGUAGGGCAGGAUAUGGAACAACAGCACCUUCUGCUUCUCUCUUUGCAAGCUAUAAACAAUUUUAGUUGUUAGUUUCUGAUACCUGUUCACAGAAGCAGAAGGUGUGCCAUUCACUCCAAAAGUUAGUAAGACUUCAUUCAAGCCUUUGGUAAGAGAGUUUAGGAUAAGGAUUUGUCAGGCACUAUCAGUGACAUGGAAGGUGUCCUAUAUAAAAACUGGGAUACUUGUGGUGUACUUGCAGUGUUCAGCUGGGUGUAAAUUUGGUCGUUUAAGUCACUCCUCAUUUUUUCCAAACCACCUGAUCUUUUCUAGUUCUUUCCAUUCUUCUCUUUACAGACCUUUAUCUUUCAGUCUCCCAGACAGGACAGGUAGAUCCAGGUAUUGCCAAUUUUCAGAAAAAAAAUGUGCUUCUAUAAAAUAAAGGGAAAGCAAAAUGAUGUCAAAGGCAAUAACUAAAUUAGGCCAGACUCAAAAAUUAUGUGUUGAUAAACCCAUAUUAGUCUUUGUAGCCUACUUUUUGUGCUAGUUUCCCUCAUCUUUUAUUGCCUGUAGUGUAUUUACUAGAUUGUCAUUGACUUCAUAUAUUUUUAUUUUUACUUUCCCCUUUCAUUAGUGUUCAACUUUAGAAUUUAUAAUUUUUUUAAUGUAGCUUUAUUAUUUGUAUGCUCACAUUACAAAGCAAUCUGAUUGUGCUAGUGCAAAUGUAAUGCUUCUGAUUGCUUAUGCAAUCAGAAGCAGAAAUUAGGGUUGUGUGUUUCCUCUUCUCUGCUCCCAUUUGUUCCUUCUGGAGCAUGGGUUUUACCAUCUGGCUUAACCACAGCAUAACUCUUAGGUCAGCUAUUAAGUAAGGCUGUUUAGGCUUUCUGCUGAAUGAGAAUCUGAAACUAAGGUUCCGGGCAGAUUUAAAAUUCUGGAUAAAGAGGAACCCUGGCUAUCUUCAGUUAUAAUUAACAUCACUGGUGAUGUAACACUUAAACAUGGAGAAUGCCACAAGGACUUCAUACUCUUGAAAGGAGGCAGAGUAGCAGCACAUCAUCUCAUAAACCACUUCCAAUUGCUUUAAAAAAGUUUGCAAGGACUAUUGAUCCCCAAUUACAAAUGCAGUAAUACAAAUUGAAUAUUUUAAGUUUUGCAGAAUAAACUUUAUUGGUGUGGAAGCAUGGAUAAUCCCAAGGGUAGGGUUUGAAUUUAGUGGAGCUUCUGCUCACACUUGCAGAUGGCGACUUGGAUUUUUGCCAUCGUGUGGCAUUGAGAACUAUCCUAGAGGGUUGUCUGACCCUUGGGAAUGACUUUUAGGGGGCUGCAAAAGGAAGGAGGUAGGUAGGUAAGCCACAGUCCAUGGUCAGAAUGUUCUUCUUAAGUAAGUGUGAUGCUCCAGGGAAGGAAUUUUCCAUUUUUAACUUGUGAGGUAAUAGUGUUAGAGAUGAAGUGCUACCAGAUGAAGCUUUCAAAAUUAGCUUCUUGUGUAUUUUCAAGCUAAUGCCAAAAAUGAAUCUUAGAAGUGCGUGUUUUUAAAAGGUAGCUGAGAUUCAGGAAACAAAAAUCAACCCCACGCUGUAUUGUGGAUGGAUGCAUGAAUUAAAUAAAUAGCCCCACUGCCAGUCGAAUUGAGCUGUAAUGGUACAUAUUGCAAACAUAGUGCAUCUAAUUUGUAUUAUUUUAAUUUACACAGAGAUAUUCUGUGAUUCUGUGCUUUAACUGAGAUUCCUGCAUUGCAGUGGGUUGGACUAGAUGACUCUUGGGGUCCCUUCCAACUCUGCAAUUCUAUGAGUCUUACGAUUUUGAGGACUCAAAUUUUAAAAGCAGUCAAAACUUGUGGAAAUUAAAAACCAGUCAGAGUAAUAAUGUACAGAUGAGGAGAAUCUUUUUUUAGAACUCAGUGAAUUGAAAUAACUUCCACAGAAAGGGAAAAUUGCACACAAUAAGCUUCAGGACGGAGAUAUUUCUGGGUAGACUUCUCUUCCAGAGAAGAAAAAAAGCUGCAAUCGUAGUUCUGUAUACGCUAAAUGUCAGGCGGACCCUUGACCCUGUUGGUUACAAGUAAAAUCCUAUUAUGAUAUCUUACUUGUACCAUUAUUAUAUUUGAAAGGAAACUUCAGAUAUUUGUUCUAAUUGUUUUAGAAGAUGAAAAAUUCUCUAUAGAACUGGUUCUUAGCUAAUUUUAAAAUGUUAUAAGUAGCUAAAUGUGUCUUCAUUCAGUUAAACUGUGGGUGGGAGCAAUAGCUUAAAGUGGCCAUAUUGGACAGGAUUCAAACUAAAAGUGACCAAAAUCAUGGAAUAAUUUUGUAUAUUGUGAAGCAUAAUUUAGAUCAUAAGUAAUCCAGCCAGUUAAGUUUGAUUUAAUUCCCCCAAACCACAGAAAACAUUCUACAAUUAAGAAAAGGGGUUUUAAUUAGUGUGUGUUUUCUUUUUAUGUAGUAUUGCUCUAUUUUACUUUCUGCUUGUAUAUGUUGUUUUUUAUUUUUGGGUCUGGCAAUUUUUAAAGGAGAUGACAAACAAACAAAAUUUUAAAAAACCAUGCCCAUCCAUUACUAUCGCUGUGAUCCAAGUGCUUGAAAUUUCCAAGAGUAUGUCUAAGUCUUCUAUCUGUUUGGCAUUUUGAUAUACUUGCAGACUUCAUUUUGUUUUUUCUCUAAUUCUGUUCAUUUAUUUAACCUCAUGAGAAGAGAACAUGACCAUUCUUUUAUAUUCUGUAGUGCAUCCUUCCAUCCUAUUCAUAACCCUGCUGCUUUGAAUCAUACUUGUUCUGGGAAGAAGGGUUAAUGCAGAACACCAGCAGCUGUGAUAUCCAAGUUUCAAACAUGUGGGAGGAGUCACUUCCAAGAAAGGUGCAUAUAAAAGGACUCCCCUUUUAUAAUGAGCACAAGCUCUUGGGACGCUAACCUGUCCAUAUGUCUUCCAAGGAAGUAUUGGAAGGUAGCUGAUAGAAUCCUCCUAUUCUGGAGAUAAUACAGAUUUAAAGUGAUCAUCGUUACACACUUUUGAUGUUAAUUAAACGCAUGUAAUGUGCUACAAAAGAUGAAAAAAAUGCACAACUUCCAUAUUACUAAAUAGUGUCCUGAAAGUUCUAUUAUUUUCUGCUGAAAGGGAAAUGGCUUUCCUAGUUGUGUGAACUGGGUGAGUGUACUUAAUUGUGUCACCUCAGCCUUUUUACCGUGCUCAGUUUAUAGCCACAAGCCAGUAUUUUAAGUUCUGUGUCUAUCCAGUGGCUUUUGACGAAGAACUGAAAUGCCAAACUGCUGUGUGCUCAUUUAAUUUGAGAUUAUAAAGCAGCUGGGGGAAUGUGUUGCCUGGUUAGUUGCAAUUUGAGCUGUCUGUAAGUUCAUACUGUACUUCUGAAACUCUGUGGAAACGCUUAAACAUAAAUGUGUAGACGGGAUAUACAGUCUGUCCUUAGCAGUAAAAGGAGCACACAGAUGAAGGGUGCUGAAUCCUUCCUUUGUGCCUCAUCUGCCUUCAUUGCUCUAGCCACUCCCUUUCCAGCUCUGAUACCAGGAGCGAGACGGGAAUGGGUUUAGGAGGUAAGAUGAAUAAACAGGUCUCUCCCUAAGGUCCCUUUCCUUUGACAGACGCCAUCCCAUCUGUCUUAUGUGAACUGGAUGGGCUCACAAAAAGCAAUGCAUGUUUGCCACAAUCUUCUGUAAUUCGUUCCCAAUAUUUGAUGUGUUUUAGGUAAAGCAUCCAAGUAUUUAUAAACAUUAUUCCAAAACUGUUCACAUUGUCUCAGAAGUACUGUGUGACCUGUAUCCCAUGCUUAAAGUGAUGUAUGUUAAAUCCAGCAUUCUAGUUUAAAUUGGCAGAUGUCAAUUCACCAAAUUAAAUAUAAGGUCCUGGUCCUCUUCUCUUAUAGUGGUGUAUGGGUAAAUAUGUUGUCUUGUCUGUUCUGGCAUCUGCCCAGCAUUUAUGGAUGGGAAUAACCCCAAAUGUACAUAUUUCCCCCCCUAAGGUCUGCUUAUGGAAAUCAUAUAAAACAAAGUUGGUGUCUUUAAUAGAUGGUAGCCAGUCGUGGUAUACAUGAAUACUGACAUUCCCAAAUGACUUUAUUAUUUUGGGUGUAGAAGAGUGUUUUUAUGAGGUUAAUAACAACAGUUUCAGGUUGGUUAAAAGAGGGUUUUUUUCUUUUUCUGUUCAAAGUAAAGUAGGGUGAAGGGAUACCGGAAUGUUUGACAGGAAUAAAAAAAGGAAUAAAAAGCUGCCAUGUUAAUCAACAUAAAGCUAGAAAUGUGUGUUUUCUUUUGUAUGCUGCUUUGAAGUGGGGUGCCAAGGUCAUUCACAUUAAAUCAGUUCAACUAACUGGCUGGAUAUGAAGGAGUUCCCAGGGCAAGGGAUGAGUUCACACACUAGUCCAGUGUUUGUAAUGGACAUUGGCAGGGCACAAAAAUGGUGCCACCUUGCAAAUGAUAUCAUGCCAUCAAGUUCUGCACCGAAACAUCCAGUGAGCAUCUCUGCUCAUUCUAGCUCUAAUGUAUAACCCAAAUUUACAAAAGCUGCUUAAGAAGUUAUGUUCACAGUCAAAGCCAUUUCCUAGGCAUCUGAUCUUGGAACUUAAUCAGCUGUUCCACCUGGCCUUUGAAUGCCUAUAAUUUUUAACCCAUUCCUCUCCCUAAUAAAUAGGUUGCUUUUUUAAAAAAAAACAACACUCAUUGAGCUCUGCCUACUCCUGACUUUCAGCUGAUAGGCACUUUGUCCCCAAGACUUUGGGAGGCAAAAUUGCUCUGUUUGAAGUUUCCUGCAUCUUCAGUCUUAGACAUCUUCGGGAAGACAUCUGAAGGCAGCCCUGUUUAGGGAAGCAUUUAAUGUUUGAUGUUCUAUUGUGCUUUUAAUUCUGUUGGGAGCCGCCCAGAGUGACUGGGGAAACCCAGCCAGAUGGGCAGGGUAUUAAUAAUAAUAAUAAUAAAUAAUAAUAAUAAUAAUAAUAAUAAUAAUAAUAAUAAUAAUUUACUUAAGGCCAUAUCUGCAUACUUUUGAUUCCAUGAAAUCCCAAGGCUGAGAACAUGUGAGUGGAUGCAUGUUACAGCAGUUAUCUAAUUUAGACCAUUUAUAGGUGGAAAAUCAUGAGUUUGCCAGGGCUUAAUCAGCCAUUAGAUGAGGCUAUCACAAGAUUUAGGACUUGUGAGCAAAUAAACAUUGCCAGAGAGGCUGUUUACACUACAUUUCUUCUGCUUUUGAUAUAAAUAAUAAACAAACAAACAAAUAAAUAAAUAAAUUUGUAUUCUGCUCUUCAUUUGAAGAUCCCAGUGUGGUUCACAGCAGAAAAAUACAAAAUGAGAAUACAAAAUACAUAACAAAAAACAAACAAACCUGGAAGAAUUUUGAGGGAUGAUCAGAAGUUAUGCAUAUUUUCAUGUGAUUAUAUUGGGAUUCCAGGGUUCUGGCCAGUUCACAAGGGCAUGUCCUGGUUUUCCAAUAUGGUACCUACUUAAGCUAACCUGUCUUAAACAUUCCGAUUCAAUAGGUGAACAUGUGUAAUAAAUCUAGCCUUUCUAACCUCCCCCCCCCAAUUCAGUUGAAAGGAACUUUGAAAAAUUGCAGGAGCUUUUAUGUGAAGUUAUCUUCUGCUCUAAGGCUGUGCAUGCAUACUUGGGAGUAAGUGAUGUUUAACUUGGUAGAGUUUAACUUAGCAGUAAAUACCUAUGGUGUAUUAUAUUUCCUUUUUUGCUAAUUUGGUGCCCUAAUUGUAUUUUCAACAAUUAAGUCAGCAUUUAUUACUAUUCUGCCUUUUUUGCAUCUUUGUAAUAAAACGACAUAUAAAUCCUGAUUCAAGCUUCCUAAUUUUGGAAGCUAAGCCCUUUCUCUUAAAAGUGUGUGUUGGGAAGGAGAAGACCAGAAGUGUCAGUUGUCAAAAAAAGCACUGACUGGAUUUUGUUGGGUGACAGUCAGUUAAAGGUUAACUAGAUUAGGAAUGCUGUCUUCCUCUGUAUCCAUCCCUGUUGAAAUUUGGGCAGUGCAAUGUGACUUUCAUGCAUUUUUGCAAGGGAUACUAGUAAUGACUAAACAUUAUUGCCAAACUGAGUAUUUAGUGGAGUGGGGUAUAAGUUGGGUUAGGAGGAAGAAUUUAAUGGCAGAAGAUGAAACAGGUGGAUUCUUUUUUCCUUUGCUGCCAUUCUGAUCCCAAGCAUACUCAGAAAUAAGACUCAUAGAACUCAGUGGGGCUUGUGUUCAAGCAUGCUUGGUUGGCAUAUGUCAUGUAGGUUGUAACACAUUUCAGAUAUAUUUCCUUGUGAAAAGAUUGCUGGAGUUUGAAAUAGUUUUUGUUCCAUUGUAUAAAUACUUAAAGGGUAUUUAGAAAUAUUGCAGAUUAAGAGGAUAAUGGUUCUGGUGAUCAUUUAACAAGCUUUUUGAAAGUAGUGAACUUCUGAUAUGGACAAAUGCUUGUACUAGAAAAAACACAGUAGCCCUGUAUUUUAGGUAGCUCUAAUGAAGGCCAGGGGAAGCCUGAACCCUUAAACAAAAUGCUUAUAGCACAGCUAGGGACACUGUAAUGCUGCUGAGACCCCAGUUACCCACCAUCUUAGUAUCCCAGAAGCAAUUGCCGUAUUUUUCGCACCAUAGGACGCACCGGACAAUAGGACGCACUUUGUUUUAGAGGGGGGAGAACAAGAAAAAAAAAUUCUCCCCCUCUCUGCCCAGCGCCCCUUCAGCGAAGUGGCAGGAGGCGCUGUGCAGAGAGGGGAGAACUUUCCCCCUCUUGUUUUCCCGCUCUAAAACAAGGUGCCGUUUAAGGUGCGUUCAGGCGGCUACCUUGGAAGCCUGGAGAGCGAGAGGGGUCGGUGUGCACUGACCCCUCUCACUCUCCAGGCUUCAGGUUCCUUUCGACCUGCUCUUUGGGGCUGGCGGGGGGAAGCCCACCACCAGCCCCAAAGAGCAGUUCAGGGAGCAGCGGAGAGGCUCCUGCCAUAGCCGUGCAUCACCUCUCCAGCCGGGAGAGGGUCGCGGGGCUAUGGCUUCUUUAGCCCCGCGCACGCUCUCCCGGCUGGAGAGGUGACGCACAGCUAUGGCAAGAGCCUCAAUAGCCACGUCACCUCUCCAGCCGGGAGAGGGUCGCGGGUGCUUCUUAGCCCGCGCGCGCUCUCCCGGCUGGAGAGGUGACGCGGGGCUGUAGAGGCUCCUGCCAUAGCCGCGCGUCACCUCUCCAGCCGGGAGAGGGUCGCGGGGCUAUGGCGUCUUCGCUCCAUAGGACGCACACACAUUUUCCCUUCAUUUUUGAAGGGAAAAAAGUGCGUCCUAUGGAGCGAAAAAUACAGUAUACAUUUAAAUUAACAUAGGCAAAGUUUCUUUCAUGACUCCCACGGCACCUAGCAAAAGCCCUUGACUAAGGGUGCUUCUGCAGUAAGCAGCUUCUCCCUGUCUAAAGGAAGAAUGCAAUAAACUAGUAUAUGAAGCAAAAUAUUAAGCCAACCUUCCAGGCAAGAAGUAUACUGGCUUGCCUGUACUUUGUCACAGAACAGCUUGGUGUGAGCCCGGAAAGUUUUCUGCCAGAAGGAAUUGUUCUCUACCCUGGAUUAAUUUCAAGGGAGUGUGGAACCUUAAAAUUAAGAACGUAGUUAGACAAAUUUAUGUGACUAUUAAUGUUCAUUUGUGAAUCAAAGUAUGUAAGAGCUAAGCCUAGCCUUGUAAAGCAGGACUGCAAGCCAUAAACAUCUUGGUUAAUUAAAUUCAUUCAUCUGUGCUGGCAAGCAUUUUGUACAUUUCUCUUAAAGAACAAUGCACCACAAUAGUGAUUUGAAGAUUUAAGUCUUAACAGUUUUCUUUGAAGUAACUGGCAGUCCUCCAUAACCCUGGCUUGCUCUUGAAUUUACUAGUUUGAAAUACCAAGAUGCAGUUGGGGGAGCUAUGCAGAUAUAUUAGCAAAGCUUCCAAAAUCUGCAUCCCUUAAACAGGGUGGGUAAUGUGUAUAUAAUACGUUUCUAGAAAUGGAGAGGAUUUCUUGCAUAUUUUGCAAGAAGGCAGGCUACAGGUAGUAGUAACCUCUGAAUCAUACAGACAACUUUUGCACACAUUGGAGCGGCAACCUUUAUGUUGUCAAUCUAUCCUGAACAUAGUUGCUUAGUUUUAAUCCUUACUAUAUUUGUUUAAAGAUCGGUUGUAACUACUUGUCUUCUGUGUAGAUAAUAAUUCUGAACACAGGGAUUUUUCCUUCAUAGAUAAAUUAUGUUGAACUCAGAAGUCUUGGCUCAGAAGCAUUUUUCUCUAAACCUUACAAAUGGAAAGGGAAGACCCAAUAAGUCAGGGAUGGGAGGGACUAGUCAUGUUUAUAUUUAGCAUCUGAGUUGCCAAAAUCAAUUAUUUAGUGUAAGCCUAUGUUCUUUUGAAGGAUCAACAGCCAUGUAGCAGGCAGGCUCUUGUUUUUUAAGUGUUUUGGAUUUCAUUCUUGGAACGUCCCCAUAGCCUUUGAAGUGAGGUGGAAUGGAAAAAAGAUAUAGAGGUCAUUCAUUAUUCAGCACUACUAAAUGAAUGAUUAGAUAUAAAAUCAGUGUAAAGCUUCUUCAUAUUUUUUGCAUAUGAUUUUAGUUUUCAGCAUUUGAUUAAAUGCUAAAGCCAUAAGAGAAAUAAACAUAUUAGAGGUAAUACAAAUCAAUAAAAAAUGGCUGAUUAUCAAGAUUGGUCACCAACUGAAGGUGUCAGAACACUGGUGCAGGUUGCGUGCUGCAAUGCCUGGAAACAGUAAAAAUCAAAGACAGCAUGAGCUUUAACUUUUAUUAACCUCAAUCUGGUUGUUUUACAGACUCUACAUUAAUUUUUUCCAUCAAGUCGCCAUUGCACGUGUUAACCAUGUUUUAGAGUUUGUGUGAACUGCUUUUUUUCUCGUUAAAUACUUCAGAGUAGUCCAUUUCAUUCCAAUCCAAAAUACCAUCUGGUUUUUCUAAUCUUGAGUCUUGGUGUCUGUGUAUAAUUAUUUAUGGUAAUAAAAUCAUCCUUGUGGUAUGUGACUGAGUGUAAUGUGCGCCAUCUUAGUGAUAUCUUUUUCUUCUGUAUACAGGCUGGUUUAGCAGGAGCCCCAGCCCGGGCUGUGUCAGCUGUAAAGAAUAUGAAUCUUCCAGAGAUCCCAAGAAAUAUAAAUAUUGGUGACAUCAGUAUAAAAGUGCCAAACCUUCCCUCUUUUAAAUAAAUUGUGCACUCCAGGUAAAAAUGAAGAACAAAUAGAAGUUGAUCGCAAAUGUUUACCAAACCAAUGUUUUGCUGUUUAAAUAAAAGGUCAUGUUACCCUGUAGAAAUCCUUUAUAAAAUUAUGUGAAGUUGAUUGUGCUUUGCUUAGUGAAUUUAAAGAGAGUGGGUGGUUUGUGAUUUCCAAAUAAAAUUCCUGUGCCCAUCUAAAGCAAGCAUAUAAUGUUCUGGAAAAAUAAUUCAAACUGUUUAUUUACUUUGUAUGACUUUUUUUGUAUAGACUAAGCUCUGUAAUUAGUACAGCAGUCCUGUAUACAUUCCUUCAAGUUAUUUAAGAUCCUGAUUUAAAUGUUGCAUGAAAGCAAUUCAGCUGUAUCUUCUUUUGCUUUUUAAAUAAAGUCAUAACUAUGUGGACUGCAAUCAUUUGUUUGUUACCUUUGUGGAUAGCAAUAAAUGACUGUUCCAUACUGUGUUAA